AUGCCUCUUACUUCGGAUCGUGAAAAACCGUCUGGAGGCUCCAGUGUGGCCACGACGUCAUUAACAGUGCGCCCUGGACAAAAGAAUGGCGCCAAGAUACCUAACGGGUCGAAGCAGCAGACUCUGAAACGCCGGGAAGCGCCCAGCGAUGGGAACAAACCAGGACCUGAAGGUAACAAGAACAAAAAGUGGAAGCAGAACAAGCAAAAUCAACAGCGCAAGCAGGGCAAAAAUCAUGAAAAUCCGUCGAAGGAUCAAAGCCUGCACAAAAAGCAAAAGCAGAACGCACCCAAAACCGCCAAGGGCCGCACAAAGGCCACCAACGAACCAAAAGAACAGAUACCGUCCUCCUUGCCGAAGAAACCAGUGCUUAAUUCAGUUCAGUCAACUCCAAAAACCCCAGCAGAAAAAGAUAGAACCCCAGCAGCCUCAACAGGCGAAGGAAUUACCUACAGGGAGUCGCCUGUGUUUGAACAUAUCCUUCAGGUUGGCGAAGGUACUUACGGAAAAGUCUACAAGGCCAAAAAUACAGACACGGGGCGUAUUAUCGCUUUAAAACGCCUUCGGCUCGACUCAGAACGUGAAGGAAUGCCGAUUACCGCUAUUCGUGAAAUCAAACUUCUCCAGUCGCUUCGCCACGACAAUAUCGUGUCCUUGUACGAGAUGGUAGUUUCAGGCAGACAUACUUACAUGGCAUUUGAGUAUCUGGAACACGAUCUUGCUGGUCUUUUACUCAACCCGGGACUCACAAUGACUCCUGCAAACAUCAAGUCCGUGUUCCUUCAACUAACCCACGCGUUGGCGUAUCUCCACCAUAAAAACAUUUUGCAUCGGGACAUUAAGGGAUCUAACAUAUUGGUUAGCCAAGAUGGACAGAUCAAACUGGCUGAUUUCGGGUUGGCACGACCUAUGAAUACCAUGAACCCAAAUACACAUUACACAAACCGGGUCAUCACAUUGUGGUACCGCCCGCCAGAGCUUUUGCUAGGAUCAACAAACUACGGCCCAGAAGUCGAUGUUUGGGGAAUCGGAUGCUUGCUGGUAGAGCUUUUUCUCAAAUCAGCUUUAUUCCAGGGAUCUACCGAGAUUUCUCAGCUCGACGAAAUCAUUAAUGUAAUGGGCAGUUUGGACCCUAAUGUCUGGCCAGAAGUCGUCAACUUGCCAUGGUACUACUUGUUGAACGAUGGAACACAGCGAAUAAAGCCAAGUAUCUUCGAUGCGGUCUUCACUAAUGUCACACCCGCGUGUUACGACCUUGCCUCCAAAAUGCUCGCACUAAACCCGACCCACAGAAUAUCUGCCCCAGACGCUUUAAAUCAUGAGUACUUCAAAGAAGACCCUCAGCCCGUAAACCUGUCUCUGGAGUCUACCGCUGAAUGGCAUGAUUUUGAGGCCAAGCGUCGCCGUAAACAAAAAAAAUCCGAGGCACAGGAGACACAGGAGACACAGCAAGCCCCUGUACAACAAUAA